AUGCUGCAGAUAUGUGACCGGUAUGGGAUUGUGGUCAUCGAUGAGUGUCCUGCUCCAAGCGGUGGCGCUGACCGAGACUCUGAGCGGCGGCUGGAGGUGCGGAAGCGCGGCGAUGUCCUGCCCGUGGGGAGUGGGGCCAUUGCGGGCAAUCCCCUGGGUGUGGACUCAGAGCUGCUCCAAGCAGAUUCACUGAGAGAACAUGGGACAGGUUCUCACCUCGACAUGCUGGCCACUGACCUCGCCUAUUACCUGGUCCGCAAAGGGAUGCCAUUCCACCAGGCCCACGAGGGCUCCAGGAAACCCAUGUUCAUGGCCAAGACCAAGGGAGUCACCCUCAACCAGCUGUCACUGAGGGAGCUGCAGACCAUUAGGUGCAGCCCACCCCCUUCCCCACGCUGCCUCCUAGGAGGUGAGCCUGGGCACCUGGAGCCUGGGGUGGCCCGGCGCCCUGGCCCACCUCUUCUUCUCUCCCCAGCCUCCUGUUCUCAGGCCAUGUGGGCCACGUGUGGGACUAUAGGCACAGUGUGGACCAGUACGGUGCCCUGGGCGGCACUGCGUGUUCCAGCGUCGACUGGCAGAUCUGCCAGGAAUUUUACUGCCUUGAUUCGGGACAGAUUAUCAAGAGGUGGGCACCGUUAUCCUCUCUUUCAUGCAGGAUUUAUCACAUCAGGUUCCUGCUCCAGCGCAGCUCCUAGACUGGCCCCAGGUGCUGGCCCCGGGGGUUUCAAUCCAAGCAUACUUCACUGAAGCAUGUGUUUGGCAGUGGGACUCAGCUCACUGUUUUAGGUAAGUGGCUCUCACAACUUUCCCCAGCCUGUCGCACCCUCUCCUGUCUCUGCAAAAAUCUGUUUUCUCUUCUGGGGCUUCUUCCCGUCUGGCCUCCAGGCCUUAAGCACAGAACCCUUCCUUUCUCCAUGGGGUCUGGGGGAAGCGGGCUGGUCUCAGGUCAGCUGGCUUGAAGGGCCCCUACAGUGGGAGCAGCCGCCUUCAGG